AAGAAAACUUAAAGGAAAUAUCAGUCAUGAAUACUCUUGUUUUAUCUAAAAUGUUGAAUACAAUGGGUGUUAAUUACGAAAGGAAUGGUUCACAAUAUCACAAAGCAUUCGAAUUCUAUAAUGCUUCACUUAGUGAAAGAUUGAAAAUUGUUACCGUAAACCCCAAGGAAUCUGUGAUAUCAUACAGUAAUGUAGCAAAUUUAUUAUCUCGAAACUUUGGCAAACACAGUAAAGCACUACAACUCCUGCUCAGUGCCAAGGAUAUCCAAAAGAAGCAUAGAUGGCUACACAUGAACACGUCCUUGGUAUUGCAUUACAUUGGUCAUGUGUAUUUGAGAAUGCAACAAAUCACCAACGCCCUGACAUUUUAUCAUGAGGCUUUGGCUAUCUACAACCAGAUAAACCCAAACUACACCGGAAAGAUGAAUGUCAUUCAUGCAAUUGCUCACUGCUAUCUGUUGAAAGAGGAAUUCGAUAAUGCCAAGAGCAGUUUUAAGGACAUGCUGGAAGGUUACAGUGAACAUUUGUUGAGCGGUUCAUUAGAAGCUGAAUGUUUCUCAAUGACUUUAGAACACCUGGUUUAUCUCAGUUUGGAAAGCCCUCAGAACCAGAUGAUUUAUUUGGAGAAUCUUUUGAACGAAAUAAGACAACUGUUGAAACGAAGUGUAAAUGAGAAACAGAAGCUACGAUAUUCCAAUGCUAUUGCCAAGUACCAGUCCUUGAAAAUACUCCUGUUAGAUAAGCUCAGCCAAUACGAAGAACGAGCUGGACUCCUCAUGGACUCAAUCCCAGUUCUUUGUCAUUUUUGUAGGAGCUUCAAGCAUUAUUUGAAUUGUUCUCAAGAGAAUUAUAUUCUUAUAGUGUGCGGACUGCGAUCUAAUUUAUAUGAAAUCGACUUUCAACAACGAUUAAAGAUUGUAGAAUAAAGAAUAAUCUAUGAUUUGA